CUUAGAAUAUGUAAUCAACUUUGUUUUGUUGUGUUUUGGUGUUGAAGGGUAUGGUUUCUCUCAUAUAAGGUGUUACUACGCCGCUGUGUCCACCCUCACCUUGAGUUUCAGCAGAGACCACUGAUCUAUCUCUCUACAACCCUUUGUUACAAAGCUUUUUUGAACAGGGGAAUAAUAUCUUCAAUUCAUCAGUAUGUUUAGUUCAUCAGGCAUGGCAGAUGGAUCUGGUAUGUUCAAGGUUCAUCAAACAAUUGGCAGUGUUUUGUGCUGCAAGUGUGGAAUUCCAAUGCAGCCAAAUGCUGCUAAUAUGUGUGUGAAGUGUUUGAGCUCGGAAGUUGACAUUACCGAAGGAUUACUGAAAAAGCUAGUGCUGGUGCAUUGCCCUGAGUGUGAGAGUUACUUGCAGCCACCAAGAAGUUGGGUCAAGCUACAGCUAGAAUCAAAGGAGUUGCUGACAUUUUGCUUGAAGAAAUUGCAGAAAAAUUUUAAUUCUAGUAAAGUGAGGUUGGUACAUGCCGAGUUUAUUUGGACUGAACCCCAUUCCAGGAGGGUAAAAGUCAAGGUCAAGGUUCAGAAAGAGGUUAUCAAUGGAGCAAUUCUUGAACAGUCUUAUACCGUGGAGUAUGUUCAACAAGAGCAUAUGUGUGAAUCUUGUUCUAGGGUUCAGGCUAAUCCUGACCAGUGGGUUGCUGCUGUGCAACUUAGACAACAUGUUUCUCAUAGGCGUACUUUCUUUUAUCUAGAGCAGCUAAUUCUGAAGCAUGGUGCUGCUGCCAGUGCCAUAAGAAUCAAGCAGAUGGAACAAGGUAUUGACUUCUUCUUCUCCAAUCGAAGUCAUGCAGUUAAAUUUGUGGAGUUUGUUGGGAAAGUUGCUCCCGUAAGGAGCCGCAGUGAUAAGCAACUAGUUUCCCAUGAUCCAAAGAGUAAUAACUACAACUACAAAUAUACAUUUUCUGUUGAAAUCAGCUCCAUUUGCCGCGAGGAUUUAAUCUGUCUGCCUCCAAAAGUUGCUGUUAGUUUGGGAAAUAUUGGUCCUAUUGUGAUUUGCACCAAGGUUACCAACAGCAUUGCUUUGCUUGAUCCAUUUACCCUGAGGCACUGUUUCUUAGAUGCUGAUCAAUAUUGGAGAACAUCCUUCAAGUCAUUACUUACUAGCAGACAGUUAGUGGAAUAUAUAGUGCUGGAUGUGGAGGUUGUUUCAUCGGAGGUUACUAUUGGUGGCACAAAAUAUCGCUUAGCAGAUGCUCAAGUUGCUCGUGUGUCGGAUUUUGGCAAGAACGACACAAUAUUUAACAUCAGGACUCAUCUGGGCCAUCUUUUAAAUCCUGGUGAUUAUGCUCUUGGUUAUGAUCUGUAUGGGGCUAAUAGUAAUGACAUGGAGUUGGACAAGUUCAAAGGGCACAUUCCUGAAGCAAUUUUAAUAAAGAAGAGUUAUGAAGAGAAGCGCCAAAAGAAACGUGGGAAGCCUCGGUCAUGGAAGCUUAAAUCACUUGAAAUGGAGGUUGAUGAUAGGAGACUUGAUCAAGACAAAAUGGUCUCAGAAUAUGAACAAUUCUUGAAAGAUUUGGAAGAAAACCCUGAUAUGAGGUUCAACAUAUCAUUGUACCGAAACAAGGAGUACCAGCCAUCAGAGAUGGCAUCGGUGACUGAUGGCGAUGAGCUACCUUCUGUUCCAUUGGAUGAAUUAUUGGCUGAUCUUGAUCUGAGUGAAGAUGAAGAUGAAGAAGACAACAUGACAGAAUGAACCAAAGCUUUUUGUUAUUUUGAUAUAGUAUUUUCUGGAAUCUUUGGUUUUGUUCUUGUAGUGUAUUUUGUUUUUCCUUCUCCCAUUUAUGUUUUGUUAAUUUGCAACCCCUGAUGGUUGGUUUAUUGAAAGAAUCAUAAGAUGGUAAUUUUGCAGGC